GGAAUGUCGAAGAAAAAAUCGGGAAAAUUUUGUGUUGCGGCCGGUUGCACUUCCACACACCGGGAUAAUGUAUCUCUUCAUGAAUUUCCUAAAGAAACUCGCCCGGAAAUUCGGAGAAAGUGGAUUUCAUUUGUAAAAAUGAAGAGGAAGGAUUUUACGACCCCAACCCAGUUCUCAGUGUUGUGUGAAAAACACUUUGCUCCAAACUGCUAUCCUCUGGAAUAUUCUAUUAAAAAGUCAAUGGGAAUAGAGGUGAAGAAAAAAAAUCUUCUACCAGAGGCUAUUCCAACUGUUCAAACAGUUGAUAGUGACAAGAGAGCAGAGGCCAGUUCACUUUCUCGCCAUGAAUCUCCCGAGCGUCCUUCGCAACCUAAGAAGAUGAGACCGGCAUUUAGAAAAAGGGAAUGCAUGAGGGUUAUUCAAACGGCCACAUCUGCAACGGAAGUUUCUGAUGUUCAAAUGGAAGAUGAAGGUUCUAUUCAGUUAUCCAAUACAGAGAGCACAACCCGAAGUGUUGGAUUACAGUUUGGAGGAAAGUCAGUGCACAAAAGAUCUAAAAGAUGUCAGACAAAACUGAAGACGAUGGAUAAAGCAAUUCAAGCGAAUGUUCAAAAACGUCAACACACUACCAGUAUAGGCAUACAGUGCAACAGAAAUUUAGAGGACAUAGAAGACCUUAAAAAACUGAGAAAAAGAAAUGAAUGGGAAAGAAUGAGAUCUGAGGAGUGUUCUGAAACCACCCCACAUGCAGCAAAUUUUACUAGCAAGUGUGUAGACCCUGACUAUGAACCGAGCUUAUCGGAUGAUUCACAGUCAGACAUUUCCUCGACAACGGAGAGGUAA